UCAUUAUAUACUCUCCAUAUUUCCAUUUCCGGCUCUCGUGUUCACACUCACCAUUUCUUCUUUUUCUCACACUAUAAAUUCUCUACUGAAACUCCCACAGAUCACAUACAACUCCACACCUCAAAUCAUAGUAGUCAGAGUAAAUGGAUUAUCGCAGCUUCAAUUUAGCCUUUCUUGCUUUUCUCCUUCUCUCUCAUCAAGCAUUGGGCUCUAGACGCCUUGUACUUCCACCCGAAGACGUGGCUUUGCCGUCGGAAGGAAUUUGCGCCGCCGCCGCCGCAGGCGGCUAUAAGUGCCAGGAAUUUCAAGUGACAACCGACGACGGGUACAUUUUGAGCGUGUCUAGAAUUCCGGAGGGGCGCCGGGGAGGCGUCGCCGGACAGAAGCGGCCGCCGGUAUUGCUGCAGCAUGGUGUUCUUGUGGAUGGGAUGACGUGGCUGCUAAAUUCGCCGGAAGAGUCGCUGGCGAUGUUAUUGGCUGAUAAUGGAUUUGAUGUGUGGAUUUCCAAUCUCCGAGGUUCUCGUUUCAGCCGCACCCAUCAAACUCUCAGUUCUUACGACCCUGAUUACUGGAACUGGACAUGGGACGAAUUGGUUAGCCAUGACCUACCAUCUUUCAUCGACUUGAUCUUCAAACAAACUGGUCAGAAAGUUCACUAUGUUGGCCAUUCAAUGGGAACUUUAAUAGCGUUGGCAUCCUUCUCGGAAGGAAUGCAGGUGGACAAGAUCAAAUCAGCUGUGAUGUUAAGCCCCAUUGCUUAUCUCAGUUACAUGAACACUGCUAUUGGAGUUCUCUCUGCUAAGGCCUUUGUUGGUGAAAUCACUAAAAUAUUUGGCCUGGCGGAGUUCAAUCCGAAAAGUAAGAUAGUAAGCGACUUUCUGAGAGCGUUGUGUGUCGCUGAUAACGUAGAUUGCUACGAUCUCAUGACUGCUUUCACAGGAAAGAAUUGCUGUCUGAAUGCAUCCACGGUUGACCUAUUUCUCAAGAACGAGCCUCAAUCCACCUCCACCAAAAAUCUUAUUCACAUGGCUCAAACGGUAAGAGAUGGUCUGUUGUCGAAAUACGACUAUGGCAAUGCCCCCUUCAACAUGGCCCACUAUGGUCAAGCGAAGCCCCCUGUCUACAACCUAUCGAGAAUACCUCCCAAUCUGCCUCUCUUCCUCAGCUAUGGCGGCAGGGAUGCUCUCUCGGAUGUCAGAGACGUGGCCACAUUGCUCGACAGCCUUAAACUGCACGAUGUGGGAAAGCUGCACGUGCAGUAUAUCAAGGAUUAUGCUCAUGCGGAUUUCAUAAUGGGGGUUACUGCUAAGGAUCUUGUCUACAAUCAGAUGAUCUCGUUUUUUAAGAGCGUCAAUUGAGUCAGGAAUCUUGAGGUGUUAGAGAGUAAGUAGUGUGUUAGGUUAUGAAAUGUGAACAAAGACAUUUUGGAUAAUUAUACCAAAAUAUAGAUAUAUAUAGCUAAGAGAUCA